CCUCGUCCCUACCCGCGACGACGCCCUCAUCCCUCCCCGCGACGACGCCCACUUCCCUCGAUCUCUGCAGAUCUUGGCGAUUUCAUGCCGUAAUUCUCUGCUUUUUCUCACUGGAAGGGGAAAUGAAACAAGAAGGGAGUUCUAGUGGCAGUGGAGUACAAGAUGACAAAUUUCCGCUUUGAAAAUAUGUUACCAAAUUGGAGAAAAGGGGGGGAACGACAGGAGGAAAUUGGAGAUGGAGAUGUAAUUAUUGUAGAGAGGAAUUUACUGGUUCACACUCAAGAGUUAAAAAUCACCUCUUGAGGAUAAGCGGGAUUGGAAUUAAGAUGUGUUCCAAGUCAACACCCAAAAAUCUAAGGGAGUUUCAAAGGACGUUGGAUCAAGCGGAGGUGAGGUUAAGGACUUCUAGGCCUAAGACUUUAUCUUUGCCUACAUCUUCGACUGCAAGUACGACCGGUGUAAGUGCAAGUGCAAGCAUGUUGAAUCGUGCAAGUGAAUCUAAGAAGAGGAGGGGGCCUAAUACCAUAGAACAAUCAUUCAACAUGGGAGCAAGGGAGGAAUUAGAUGCAUUGAUUGGUAGGAUGUUUUUCACCGGGGGAUUGUCUUUGAACUUGACAAGGAAUCCAUAUUAUGCUAAGACUUUUACAUAUGCCGCAAGCAAUUCAAUCUCUGGCUACAAGCCUCCCAGUUACAAUUACAUGAUGACCACUAUCUUACAACGUGAGAAAGCUCACAUAGAAAGAUUGAUGGAGCCCAUCAGGGGCACAUGGCAACAGAAUGGGGUCUCCAUUUGUAGUGAUGGGUGGGCGGAUGCACAAAGAAGGCCCAUCAUCAAUUUUAUAGCGGUAUGUGAAGGUAAACCAAUGUUCUUGAAUGCCGUGAAAGCCGUAAAUGCUGAGGGAGAAGUCAAGAAUAAAUAUAUUAUCCAAGCGAAGCUAGAAAAGUGCAUCACAGAGGUGGGACCGCAAAAUGUCAUCCAAAUCAUAACCGAUAAUGCUUCGGCAUGCAAGGCCGCGGGAGGGCUUGUGGAGGGCACCUGGCCUCACAUAUUUUGGACUCCUUGUGUAGUCCAUACACUCAAUCUUGCUAUCAAUAAUAUUUGUGCGGCUAAGAACACGGAAGCAAAUGCGGUGGCUUAUGCACAAUUACAUUGGAUUACAGAGAUCUCCGAUGAUGCAUUGCUUAUGAAGAAUUUUUUCAUGAACCACUCUAUGCGGCUUGCCAUGUUCAAUGAUUAUUCCAAGAUGAAGCUCCUAUCGAUUGCCGACACAAGAUUUGCCUCGUGUAUUAUUAUGUUGAAGAGGUUUAAGGUCGUCAAGAGAGCCCUCCAAGACAUGGUCCUUAGUGAUCGUUGGAGCUUGUAUAGAGAAGAUGAUGUGAGAAAAGCUCAAUUUGUGAAAGAGAAAGUCCUCGAUGAUUUGUGGUGGGACAAGAUAGAUUUUAUUCUUGACUUCACUGGCCCAAUCUAUGAAAUGAUAAGGGUCACCGACAUUGAUACACAAUGUCUUCAUUUGGUGUAUGAUAUGUGGGAUACAAUGAUUGAGAAGGUGAAGCAAGCUAUUUAUAGGCAUGAGGGUAAAAGGGAUAAUGAGGAAUCUUUUUUUUAUGAGGUGGUUCACAAGAUCUUGGUGGAUCGAUGGAACAAGAGCAACACCCCGCUUCAGUGCUUGGCACACUCUUUAGUUCCAAGGUACUAUCAUUCUACAUGGCUCAAUGAGAGCGUCAAUCGACAAGCUCCAAAUCAAAAUCUUGAGAUCUCUACGGAAAGAGCAAAGUGCUUAAGAAGAUACUAUCCUAACCCCGAUGAACGACGGGCGGUGAACUUGGAAUAUGCUAAGUUUGCGGGGGCUUUGGAGGCUUUUAGUGAUCCAGAUUCUCUUUCCGAUAGAGGACAUAUGGAUCCAAAGUCAUGGUGGCUUCUUUAUGGUCAAAGUACUCCAAAUUUGCAAGCAUUGGCUGUAAAGCUUCUAGGUCAACCUUGUUCCUCUUCUUGUUGUGAACGGAAUUGGAGUACGUAUGGUUUUAUUCACUCCUUAAAGAGGAACAAGCUAACCCUGGCACGAGCAGAGGAUCUUGUUUAUGUUCACACCAACCUUCGCUUACUUUCGCGAAGUUCGAAAGAGUAUAUGGAAGGGGAAUCAAGAAUGUGGGAUAUUGGUGGAGAUGCCUUCGACUCAUUUCAAGGUGUCGGUAUUUUAGAUGUUGCUACCCUUUCUCUUGACGAGCCCACGAUGGAGGCCAUUGUGUUUGAGGAGGAUGAAGGAGUUGAAGCCAUAGAACGAUCUUUUUGAUGUUUCAACUUGAAAAUUUUAUUUUAAGAUACGCUUUUGGUUGUAACUUUAUAUUUUUGCAAUGUUAGUAACUUAAUAUUUUGUAGUCA